GUGCUGGCGGGUGACGUCAUCUCCCGGCGCGGUCGCAGCCGCCAUGGCGGCGCUGCCGGCGGAGGCGGAGGGCUGGCGGCAGCUGCUCCGCGCCGUGACUCGCCUGCAGGCCUGCGUCCGGGGCUACCUCCUGCGGAAGCGCUUCCGGAGCCUGCGGGCGGAGUACGAGGAGGUGGUGCGGGAGAUCGAAGGAGACCUGAGCCGGCUGCGGUGGAGGGGCCGGUUCCUGCCGCGGCCUGUGUUCCUCCCCGAGCCUGCCCAAGAGGAGUGCUCAGGUCCCCCUGAGGCCAGCACAGAGAAGGCACAGGAGGAGCUGGGCACCGCUGAGCCAGAGCAGGAUGGGGGCUGCAGUGAUGUGGAACCUUCAGCCCAGCUGCAGAACGAGAGGGACCUGAGCUCUGGGGCUGAGGGCAAUGCAGUGAGCCCCCCAAACCCUGGGGCUGAUGCAAGCACUGCAGAGGGGCACAGUGCCCCAGCAGAGAGCCAGGACUGGCAGGAGCUCAGCAGCAUCACCUCCGUGUGGGACAGCACUGCCCUGGAGCCAGAGGCCCUUGGAGACUGCCUGGAAAUUCCACCUGAGGACAUAAAGGAACUGCCCCGAACCCGCUCAGGCCUCCAGGCCUACAGGAACCACCUCCUGAUGGAGCUGCUGUGGCUGCAGCAAGCUAUUGCCAGCCGGGAAAAUUACUUGAUGCUGAAACAGGGACUGGGCACUCCUGACCCCUAGAAGGGCAUUCCCAGCCUGUGGGGCACUUAUGUUGGUGUGGAGAAGCAGUGGACCUGCAGCACCACAGCCCUGGCAUCACCACAGCCCUGGCAUC